AUGUUUCUUUCAAAAUAUCCACAAACCUCGAAUUUCCAUAUAUUAGCAAAACAAAACAACCACUCCUCAAAUGCUGAUCACCAUGUGCUAUUCAUAUAUACUGAGAGUCCAAUUAGUUGUAAAGAUGUUUCAAAAUAUCAGUCGACCUUGAGGUGGCGUUUAGCUUUAUGGUUUGAGUAUAUUUCAACCAACACUGCUGAAAGUUAUUUCAUUCUCUUUUCAAUUGAAUCUUCAUGGAAUUCCUGA